AUGGGGAUGGAGAGGACAUUCACAUUCAUAUUUCCCUGUUUCUCUAAUGGCACACUCUCACCACCACCACCACCACCACCACCACCAUCGUCAUCGUCAUCAUUCACCUCGCAUCGAUAUCGAUUCGUUGUUGGUGAUGAUGAUGAUGAUGAUGAUGGUAAUGGCGACGACGCAGGUAUUGAUACUACCAGCACUAAUAGUGCGGUUGUUGAUGAUUGUGCUCUUGUUGGCUGA